AUGAGUGGCAGCGGAGACCAGGAGCGUGAGCACGCGCUCGAAGCCUACAAGUCCAAGCUGCUCGAGUCAAGAGAGUGGGAGGCCAAGCUCAAGGCGCUGCGACUGGAGAUUAAAGGUCUCCAGCAUGACUUUGACGUGUCGGAAGAGAACAUCAAGGCGCUGCAGAGCGUCGGCCAAAUAAUAGGCGAGGUGCUCAAGCAGCUGGACGAGGAGCGGUUCAUUGUAAAGGCAUCAUCCGGCCCCCGCUACGUCGUCGGGUGCCGGUCAAAGGUCGACAAGGCCAAGCUCAAGCAAGGAACCCGCGUCGCCCUCGACAUGACAACCCUCACCAUAAUGCGGAUGCUGCCCCGCGAAGUCGACCCCCUCGUCUACAACAUGUCGUUGGAGGACCCGGAGGCGGGCUAA